UCAUCAAUAUACGACGCUCCUUGCAUGGAGACAGUAAAUAGCACGUUUCAUUAGCUACUCACACUAUUAAUUUAUAUAGCUAGUAAAAUGAGGGAAACACCGUUAUCAAAUUGCGAGCGACAAUUUCUAUUGAAGGGCAUAGAAGAGAAAAAGCGCUUGGACGGAAGACAGACCUAUGAUUACAGGAAUAUAAAGAUCGCAUUUGGAACAGACUAUGGGUGCUGCAUUGUUGACCUUGGAAAGACGAGAGUUCUGGCUCAGGUGUCCUGUGAGCUGGUGGCCCCAAAAGAGAACAGGCCCACAGAGGGUAUCCUGUUCCUGUCCCUGGAACUCUCCCCCAUGGCCUCCCCCUCCUUUGAGCCCGGCAGACAGUCUGAAUUACUUGUGAAGUUAAACAGACUACUGGAAAGAUGCCUUCGAAACUCCAAAUGCAUAGAUACAGAGUCUCUGUGUGUAGUUUCAGGUGAAAAGGUGUGGCAGGUCAGAGUGGACGUGCACGUAUUGAACCACGACGGGAACCUCAUGGAUGCUGCGAGCAUAGCCGCCAUCGCUGGGCUGAGCCACUUCAGGAGGCCUGACGUGGGCAUCCAGGGAGACCAGGUCACUGUGUAUAGCCCAGAGGAGCGAGACCCUGUGCCACUGAGUAUCUACCACAUGCCCAUUUGUGUCAGCUUCUCCUUCUACCUGCAGGGGACGUACCUGCUGGUGGACCCGUGUGAAAGGGAGGAGAGAGUAAUGGACGGGCUGCUCGUCAUCGCUAUGAACAAACACAGAGAGAUCUGCUCCAUCCAGUCCAGUGGAGGAAUCAUGCUGCUCAAGGAACAGGUCUUGCGAUGCAGUAAGAUUGCCAGUGUGAAGGUGUCUGAGAUUACAGACCUGAUCAGCAAAGCUCUGGAAAACGACCGGAGAGCCAGGAAGGAGGGCGGUAGGUGUGGCUUUGCGGAGUCGAUGCCAGUGGAGCGCAUCACAGUGCUGAAGAGCGAUGGCGCUCAGAUAGAGAUGAGCGAUGCCGAGGUGGGAAGCGAAGCAGUCACCAUGGCAACCGAGUCCCAAUCUGCAGAGCCGCUAUCUGAGGUCGGGCGUGUUCCCUCCCCGGUGGUCCGGGCUCCUGGGGCAGUGCAGGUGGGGGAGUGUCUGCAGAACGCCUGGGGCCUGGGGGAGGAAGAGGAUGAAGACGAUGAAGAGGAGGAGGAACGCCUGGAGAUGCAGGAGGACAACCAGAGGCCGAUGAAAAGCAAAAGUGAAGUUGUGGUCAUCUCAGACAGUGAAGAGGAGGAAGUUGUCAUUUUACAUCCAAAAAAAACACAAGUGAAAGAUUCUAAGCCAGAAACAAAGCCAGAGGCACCGAGCAAGAAGAAGAAGAAGAAGAAGCAGCCUCUUCACUGAAGGACCCAUCACCAUGUUUACAGCAUCCACAUUAUUCCCCUGCAGUUUAGAUAUUUUGUCUUCAACCACUUCCCUCAAAAGAUUUUAAUUCCUUAAAGUUUAUGCAUUCAUCUAACGGGCUUAAUUCACCAAUGACUCUUCAUGAUUAAAAGCAAAACAUUUUAUACAACUUUA